UUUAAAAAAAAAAAAAAAAGAACAGAAAUCAAGAAUGACUCAUCUUCCUAAUCUCAGUGUUGGGUUCCCAAUGAGCAUUUAAUUCAACAGUGUUGAAUAAUUGUGAAGGCACAAAUCCCCGAUGUCUAAGAGUGUUUGAAUAAAUAGGUUCAUAUAUAAUAGAGGUUUUUUGCCAGCUUUUAAUGAAAUGUUGGCUCUGAAAGAGUGACUAUAAACACUGUGCGCCUAGUUGGCACUCAUCUUACUUACCUGAUUCACUUAGGUGUUCGUUUUUUUUGUUUAUUUGCUUUGUUUGCAAGGAUAGUAGAGAGAUGAGCCUCAACCUGACAUACCUGAAUGAAUAUUUAUGGGGACCUAGAGAAAUAUGCAUCACUUAGGUCCACCUGGGAUUAUUUAUGAAAGGAAAUCCUCUGAUAUCCCUGCAUUUAACACAGGUUAAACUUUUGUAUUGUUCAACUUCUUGUGGACUGCGGAAGGAAAGACAGAAUCAUGGACGAUUUAUAGGAAUCCUAGGAGAGAUAGGAAUAAAUUGAAACUUGUUGAAUUGAAAAUUCUAGGAUUUUCCAUAUUCAUUGGCACAUGCAGGAUUAUGGAGAGGGUCAACCAAACCAGCAGUGUCUCCGAGUUCAUCCUCCUGGGACUGUCCUCCCAGCCAGAGGACCAGAAGCCACUCUUUGUCCUGUUCUUCAUCAUGUACACGGUCACACUGGUGGGAAACCUGCUCAUCAUCCUGGCCAUCCGCUCUGACACUCAGCUCCAGACACCUAUGUAUUUUUUCCUCAGCAUCUUAUUCUCCAUUGAUGUUUGCUACACAACAACCAUCGUUCCCAAGAUGCUGGUGAGCUUCCUGUCAGAGAAGAAGUCCAUCUCCUAUGCUGAGUGUAUGACCCAGAUGUAUUUCUUCUUGGCUUUCGCCAACACAGAAAGCUACCUCCUGGCGGCCAUGGCCAUUGACCGUUUUGUGUCCAUCUGUGACCCCUUCCACUAUGUCACCAUCAUGAGCCACCGCCACUGUGUCUUGCUGCUGGUCUUCUCCUGCUCCAUCUCUGACCUCCAUUCCCUCUUACUAGUUCUCCUGAUAAAUCGUCUCACCUUCUGUGACUCCAAUGUUAUCCCCCACUUCCUCUGUGACAUCAACCCUCUGCUGAAAUUGUCCUGUUCCUCCACACUCGUCGAUGACGUUGUAAUUAACACAGAAGGAUUGAUAACCCUGGUGACCCCCUUUAUGUGCGUUAUCAUCUCUUACUUCUGGAUCCUCAUUGCUGUUCUUAAGAUCCCCUCAGCUGCUGGGAAACAUAAAGCUUUCUCUACCUGUGGCUCCCACCUCACCGUGGUGACCCUCUUUUAUGGAAGUAUUAUUUACGUUUAUUUCCGACCCCUGUCCAGCUACACCAUCAAGGACAGGGUGGCAACAGUCAUCUACAAGAUUCUGUCCUCCAUGCUGAACCCUUUUAUCUACAGCCUGAGGAACAAAGACAUGAAGCAGGGUGUGAGGAAGCUGAUGGGCAGGAGGAGGUCCCAGGCAGCACCUUCGUGAGCACACUCAGGAGUGAGUCUUCUCCUUUGAACCCUCAUUUCUGCUGAUUCCUGGUAAACAUAU